UUCAAUUUUAGAAAAGCAAAGAAUAUAAUGGGAUUGCGGGCAUCGCUGUUAAUCAUUUUAUUUAUAACAUGCUAUACUCAAUUUUGUCUUGGCAAUACUUUAUUCCAUUUUGCUAUUAAUUUUCAUAUAAAAGAUGGCAACGAGUCUUCGGAAGAGCAAGUGGACUUAAAUCAAACACAAAUUACGGAGAAUGUAGAGGCACAAAAUUUACAGGCCGAGAAUGCAGAGACAACACAAUUUCAAGUUACAACAUCAGGUUAUAGUGCAGACCUCCUUUCUGCAAAACAGCAACUGGAUGAAACACUCGACAUGAAACUGCAAGAGACAAGAAGAGCCGUACAAGGUUUCAAUAAAGAAAUUUCGCACUUGACUGGACGCAGCGAUACAAUAGCUGCUAAAGUUAAACUUACCACACGUUACCUAAAUAAGUUAUUAAGAGGGGCUAUCAUUCGAACGGGUACCACAGCGGAUGCUAUCACAAUAAUUGUGGCAGCUGGCGAUAAUGAAACAGAUAUAAAAUUAGAUAUCUUAAAAGAUUUUCUAAAACUUGUAAGCGACCUGAAAGUUGCCACUGCUGAAGGUGGUGAAAGAUCAAUGGAGUUUAUGCUGAUUAAUUUGCUACUUACAAGGCAUAAAUUGACAAGUUUAGAGUCAGAGGUGCGCCAAGUCAUAGAUGACGCUAGUGAAAAAAUAAAAAUAAUAAACGAAUGCGAUAAUAUUUUAAAAAACCAAUCUGGCAAGUGCGAGUUUUAGAAAAGAUGUGUUCCAAAAUAUUAUUGAUUGAUGUUUAAAAUAUAAAUAUAAAAUAAUAAAUAUGUGUAUUAAACUUAACUAUAAGUACAUAUUUAUAUUGUACAUUAAAUCUUAUUGCAUAUGUUAUUACAGUGGUGUUGGGCAUAUAAGCCUGGUUGCAUAUUUAUGUAAAGUUAGAGCAAUAUGAAAUACUGAAGUUUAUUAUACAAAAAAUAAAAUUGGAGAA